CGCUCCACCAACCCGCUCCCCGCAGGUCCCUUUCUCGCUCUCCAUCCCUUGCCGGCGCUCGCUCCCCCCCCCCCCCCCGCCCUUUGAUUGACAGGCAAGAUGUCGGUGUGGAGCGAGGCAGGAGCGAAUGCAGCAGCCGUCACCUCCGGAGCCCGGCGGCGGCAGCAGCAGCAGCAGCAGCAGCAGCGCGAGGAGGAGACAGCAGCCAGCCGCAGUCGCCGCCGCAGCCGCGGGAGCAAUGCAGACAGCAUCUUGAGGACGCGCUAAAGCACCGCAAACGGUGGACAAUGCCAUGUCACUGCAACUGGGAGGGGGGCAAAGCAGAUUUUUUUUGACAUAAAAGCCAGCCAGCCAAAAAUAUAUAAAUUUGCCCUUCACGGAGCCGGUGUGUAAAGAGUGAGCGCUGUUUUCCUUCGCCUCCUCCUCUCCUCCUCCUCUCCUCCCCCCCUUCUCCUCUUUUUCCUCCUCCUCCCCCUCUCCUCCUCCUCCUCCUCCUCCUCCUCCUCCUCCUCCUCCUCCCCCUCAUCCCCCUCCUCCCUAAGUGUACAGACAGCAUCACAUCACCUGGUUUGCUUCUGAGAAACAGCAUCUCUCCUUUUCAGGGACCAGAGACUCAGAGAGAGGAGACAUUCUAAUGGAGUCUGCUUGAUACCCCAAAAUAAAAUAAUAAAUUUUGGCUCUUGUCCCCUCCUCCCACCCCACCCCCUCAGCCCUGUGUGAGAUGUUGGGUUUCUUCUUCAUGAGACAUUGUUGAGAAGUCGCAGUGGUUGGAGAGCGUAGGGGGUAGACUACCUCUACUCCCCCCCCCCCUCUUUUUUCUCUCUGGGAGGAGGAGGAGGGGAAGGGGGCUUGCCGAGCAAGCGAUGGAUGAGGAAAACAUGACGAAAAGCGAGGAGCAGCAGCCUCUGAGUUUGCAAAAAGCCUUACAGCAGUGCGAGUUGGUCCAAAACAUGAUAGACCUGAGCAUCUCCAACCUGGAAGGGCUUAGGACCAAAUGUGCCACCUCCAACGACCUCACACAAAAAGAGAUCCGGACCCUGGAGAGCAAGCUGGUGAAAUACUUCAGCCGACAGCUGUCCUGCAAGAAGAAGGUGGCCCUGCAGGAACGCAACGCCGAGCUGGACGGCUUCCCCCAGCUCCGGCACUGGUUCCGGAUCGUGGAUGUGCGCAAGGAAGUCCUAGAGGAAAUCACCCCUGGCCAGCUGAGUCUGGAGGACCUCUUGGAGAUGACAGAUGAGCAGGUGUGUGAGACCGUGGAGAAAUACGGAGCCAACCGGGAGGAGUGUGCCCGCCUCAAUGCCUCCCUCUCCUGCCUCCGCAACGUCCACAUGUCAGGAGGCAACCUUUCCAAACAAGACUGGACCAUCCAGUGGCCCACCACGGAGACGGGGAAGGAGAACAACCCCGUGUGCCCCCCGGAGCCCACGCCGUGGAUCCGCACCCACCUCUCUCAGAGCCCCAGGGUCCAGACCAAGUGCGUCCAGCACUACUGUCACGCCAGCCCCUCGCCCGGGGCCCCCGUGUACACCCAUGUGGACAGGCUUACCGUGGACCCCUACCCGGGCCUGUGCCCGCCACCGCCGCUGGAGUCAGGCCACCGUUCCCUGCCCCCGUCGCCCCGGCAGCGGCACGCGGUCCGCACCCCGCCGCGCACCCCUAAUAUCGUCACCACCGUGACCCCUCCCGGCACACCACCCAUGAGGAGGAAGAACAAGCUGAAGCCCCCGGGGACCCCGCCGCCCUCCUCCCGGAAACUGAUCCACUUGAUUCCAGGUUUCACCGCUCUGCAUCGGAGCAAGUCCCACGAAUUCCAGCUGGGUCACCGUGUAGACGAGGCCCACACGCCCAAAGCCAAGAAGAAAAGCAAGCCCUUGAACCUCAAGAUUCACAGCAGCGUGGGCAGCUGUGAGAACAUUCCAUCUCAGCAGCGCUCGCCGCUCCUGUCGGAGCGCUCUCUCCGCUCUUUCUUUGUGGGACAUGCACCUUUCCUGCCCUCCACCCCUCCUGUCCACACCGAGGCCAACUUCUCUGCAAACACACUGUCCGUGCCACGCUGGUCCCCACAGAUCCCUCGUAGAGACCUCGGCAACUCCAUUAAGCACAGGUUUUCCACCAAGUACUGGAUGUCUCAGACGUGCACAGUCUGUGGAAAAGGAAUGCUUUUUGGCCUCAAGUGUAAAAAUUGCAAGUUAAAGUGCCACAACAAAUGCACCAAAGAAGCCCCACCCUGUCAUCUCCUGAUCAUCCACAGAGGAGAUCCAGCAAGGUUGGUCCGGACAGAGUCCGUCCCGUGUGACAUCAACAACCCUCUACGAAAGCCACCCCGGUAUUCGGACCUGCACAUCAGCCAGACGCUCCCCAAAACCAACAAGAUCAGCAAGGACCACAUCCCUGUCCCUUACCAGCCAGACUCGAGCAGCAACCCCUCAUCCACGACGUCCUCCACGCCCUCCUCGCCAGCACCCCCCCUCCCUCCCAGUGCCACGCCGCCUUCUCCCCUGCACCCUUCCCCACAGUGCACAAGGCAGAAGAACUUCAACCUGCCAGCGUCCCACUACUACAAGUACAAACAGCAGUUCAUCUUCCCAGAUGUAGUGCCGGUGCCAGAGACGCCGACCCGGGCGCCCCAGGUCAUCCUGCAUCCGGUGACCUCGAAUCCAAUCUUGGAAGGAAAUCCAUUACUUCAAAUUGAACUGGAGCCAACCUCAGAGAAUGAAGAGGGCCACGAUGAGGCCGAGGAGUCAGAGGACGAUUUUGAGGAGAUGAACCUGUCCCUGCUCUCAGCCCGGAGCUUCCCACGCAAGGCCAGCCAGACCAGCAUCUUCCUGCAGGAGUGGGACAUCCCUUUUGAGCAGCUGGAGAUUGGCGAGCUCAUUGGAAAGGGCCGCUUCGGGCAGGUGUAUCACGGCCGCUGGCAUGGCGAGGUGGCCAUCCGGCUGAUCGACAUCGAGAGGGAUAAUGAGGAACAGCUCAAGGCCUUCAAGCGGGAGGUGAUGGCCUACAGGCAGACGCGGCAUGAGAACGUGGUGCUCUUCAUGGGUGCCUGCAUGAGCCCACCCCACCUGGCCAUCAUCACCAGCCUGUGUAAGGGACGGACUCUCUACUCUGUGGUGAGGGACGCCAAAAUCGUCUUGGAUGUCAACAAAACGAGGCAGAUUGCCCAAGAAAUUGUGAAGGGCAUGGGCUACCUGCACGCAAAGGGGAUCCUUCACAAGGACCUCAAGUCAAAGAAUGUCUUCUACGACAACGGGAAAGUGGUGAUCACAGACUUCGGGCUCUUCAGCAUUUCCGGGGUGCUGCAGGCCGGCAGGCGAGAGGAUAAACUCCGCAUCCAGAAUGGCUGGCUGUGCCACCUGGCACCAGAGAUCAUCCGCCAGCUGUCCCCCGACACAGAGGAGGACAAGCUCCCCUUCUCCAAGCACUCAGAUGUCUUUGCACUCGGCACAAUUUGGUAUGAACUCCACGCCAGGGAGUGGCCUUUCAAGACCCAACCAGCAGAGGCAAUCAUCUGGCAAAUGGGCACCGGCAUGAAACCCAACCUCAGCCAGAUCGGCAUGGGAAAAGAAAUCUCGGACAUUCUUCUCUUUUGCUGGGCCUUUGAACAAGAAGAAAGACCUACCUUCACGAAGCUCAUGGACAUGCUGGAGAAACUGCCAAAGCGAAACCGCCGCCUGUCUCACCCCGGACAUUUCUGGAAGUCUGCAGAGCUGUGACCGUUGGACAAAGGGACAGCACUCAGCUGCCUCAGCCCCCGAGCCACCUCUCCUUCCCCGCUCUGCCCUCUGCCAGCUCAGGAGGCCAGAGGCUCACCAUCAGAGGGUACCGACCCCGGCCGGCCUGGGAGCACUGCACGACCGAGGUCGGCAGCUUCCCGGAACACUCCCCAGACCCGUGCCCUUUUGCCCGGGCAGGGUUGGGGACCCCUGAGCUAGGACUUACCAGGACCAGCCAGGGAGACAUGGAAUUGAUCCGUGAGGCCCCGGGGGCCACGUGGAGAAGAGAACUGGAGGCUGAAUGCAGAGCGCCCCUGGGCCACGGAGACGAGGGCACGAGGCCUACGCGGGCAGGCUCGCAGGACCGGUCUGUGUGUACAUGUGCGUCCCCGUGCACGAUGCCGUUCGCUCUAGAUCCCCUGUGACAAGCGAGAGCCAGGCCGCCCCGGCUCUGGAGCGCCCCUCUGCUGACUUGGUCCCUGGGUGGUGGGUUCCAGCUGUGCUGUCUGGAAAGAUGGGGUGGGGUGGGGAGCUAAGCACCAGC